GUGAAUAUAAAAUGAAUAUAUUUUUCCAAGAUUAAGUGAAAUUUUCAAAUUGUGUGCUUAUUGCUUUUAUCUCUGCGGUCUCGUUCAGUCGAGAGAAUAAUGCCAAAUGUAUGGUCACACUGUCUGCGCAUUAAUAAAUAGUGCGCACGUCACAAAAAAACAAUACAAUUGCGGCCAAAAUUUUGCUAAUUUUCAGGCGUCUAACGCACCUGACAACACCAACAUUUGCCCAGCAGCUGCCCAGAAAAGUGUCGACCAGUGAAGCCAUGCACAGCUGCGUCCUGCUGCCAAAUGCGGCCAACUAUCAGCCGGAUACCCUGGACUUAAAUACAGACGCCAAGGCGGCCGCCUACUGGUUUCCCUGCUUUCGCGAUAUGGUUAUCAAAUUUGCGAAGCAAGCGGCCAAAUCGCAGGUGGAGGACGCGACGGCCGAGGAGCGGGCGGAGCAGUUCAAGACGGCCUAUCUCCAGCAAUUGGACGACUAUCAAAGCAAUAUAGCCAACAAUAGUGGGCGCGUGAUCCUGGGCACCAGCGAACUGCUCAAACUGAACGAAACGAUGCUGAGGCGCUUUGGCUUCACGGAUCCGUGGGGUAGUCAAAAGCAGCUGGAGAAUGCCUCGGCGAAGGCGCGGCUCAAGCUGCGGCUGGAGGAGAUUGAUGCCAUCGGGAAUCAGGACGACAAAUGGACGGAGCUCGUGCGGGGAGUGCUCGCGGGCAACAUGUUCGACUGGGGCGCCCAGGCCAUAUCCAACAUACUGGAGCAGGACAGCAGUUUUGGUCUCCACUCCGCGCUGGACAGGAUAGAGAAGCGGCCCUGGCUGCUGGACAACCUGGACAAUUGGCUGGAGCGCCUGCGGAUCAGUAGCGACCAGCCGCCCCACAAGUGUGCUGUGGUAUUUGUGGACAACAGCGGCGUGGAUGUGGUGCUCGGCAUACUGCCCUUCGUCCGAGAGCUGCUGAAGCGUGGAACCAAGGUGCUGCUGUGCGCCAACAGUGAACCCUCGUUGAACGAUGUGACCAGUCAGGAGCUGAGCGCGCUGCUCGAUGAGUGUGCCUGCGAGUGUGCUGUCCUCUCGUCGGCCUGGUCCUCCUCCCGCCUGCUUGUCUAUGCCAAUGGACAGUCUGGACCCUGCUUGGAUAUGCGAACCCUUCCGCGGGAGCUGUGCGACGCCAUAGCUGCCAAUGAGACUGAUCUGCUCGUGAUCGAGGGCAUGGGACGGGCCCUGCACACGAACCUCAAUGCCCACUUCAGUUGCGAGACCCUGAAGCUGGCCGUGAUCAAGAAUCGGUGGCUGGCCAAGUACCUGGGUGGCGAUGAGAUGUUUGCCGUCAUCUGCAAAUACGAGGCGAUCAGCUAGUCGAGCGCCUAUGACUCCUUGUUAUGCUGUUGUUGUUGUUGGGAUCCUUGUGAGAGCCAUUGUUUAAUUUUGGAAACUAUUGUUAUUGUUUAAUCAAAUCAAAUCAAAUCAAAGCCAGCGCCAUCGAUCAUCCCUCCCUCCCUCCCCCCUCCCAUUGAGAUUCAUAUUUUUAGUUCUGUGUAUUGUGUAUUUAAAUUAUCGUGUACUAAGUGCCGUUACCGAGUUUCAAGCCCACAUCUCUAUAUACAUGCUAUAUCUGCUCCGCAUUUUAAUAAUUAAAAUUAUAAAUAACAAAGCCUUUUGUUUAUCGAGGCGAGGCUGUCACGGCGCCCAUUCUUUAUUAUCGGUCAUGGUUAUAUACCCACCACUCUGAUAAGGCCCCACCCAUUGUGGAUUAGCCACUGAUAGCAGCAGCGGAGGCGACAUUUCAUCAAACCACAGACACCCACAGAGACCCAUCCAGACAGACAGUUCAACUAUUUGUUUGGACGUGAUAAACGCAGAUCAUUCCCAGUUUUUUUGUUUUCUACAAUUUACAGACACUCGCACUCGUGUGUGCGUGUGUGCCAAUUCGCACGGUCACUAUCACUCACUUAUCACUCGAUUCGCGAACAAAAAAAAAAACAAAAAAAAACCAACAGCGAAGAAGACCGGCCACAAAACACUGAUAAGCAAGCACCUAGCAGAUAAGAUCUCCGAAUGAGAGACCAGGAAAUGGUCGCCCAAAAAACCAGAACUCGAAAUGCGGAAACCUUUAAGCUCUGACAGCGCGGAUACGUCUCAAGCCAGACUUGAGAAUUCCACUAGGGGUAAUACUCGUCUGUGGCAAUUCCAAAAUGCAUCAUGGCCUUCUUACGCUUCAGAUACUUCAAGUUGGAUAUCGGUGAGCUAGUCUGAUGCCCCAUAAGUUCUUUAAUCGGCUCAUAAAUGGAUCUAUAAACAAUCAUCCAUGUGAUUUAGUCAUCUGAUUUGCCGGCUGAUUGAUUAAAUCGAAACAGAGGUUGGGAAAGUUCUUUAAUUUAAUGGUUAUAAUCGCAGCAAUACGGAAAGCAAUAUUUGUCAUUAAUUUGGAUAUAUGUAUACAUCAAUUGAACUAUAUACUUUGAUAAUCUUACAAAACAAACAAACUGUUCUUACAAAAGACUUGUCCUAAGACCCACGAAUAAUAAAUAAUAAUUUUUCUAACAUGAG